GUUCUUUUGGAAAUCAACAAGAUCACAACAUUGAAUCAAUAUUAGGGACCAUGUUUGGUGGAAUUAUUCUUGGUGUUAUCUUUACAGCAGUCAUUGCGAUUUUGAUUGUUAAAAAAAUCCGAACUAAUGUUAAGAAAAGAGAAGAACCAGUGGUUAUGUUUGCAAACGAAAGAUUAUACAAUUUUGCAAAAGUUGUUGAGAAUGAGGAUAACAACGUUUUCCAGACAAACGAUAAAACGAAGAUAGUCGUUAAAGUAUCACCAAUCACCUGUCAAGAGAGAGGUCUAAUAUACAGCUCUAUGACUAGAAACACGAGAAUUGAACAACAUAUGGAGGAUGUUUACAAUCAUCUACGUGAGGAAGAAAAACACGAAACAGAUGGAGACCAUUACGAUCACGCGUGUGCUGCAUCUUAUCUCGGUACAAAAGAACCCCCCAGCAUAUAUAGUAGCAUACCAUGAAGUGCAUAAAUCAAUGAUUAAUUUCAUUAAUUUGAAAAGUGAUAUCUUCCGUAUGAAAACAUCGGAAGAAAAUACAUAUUAUGUAUUAAUAAUUAUUUUUAUUAUACUUUCAUGUUGAAUACUGCAAUCUGAUUGGUUUAGACGCAGUUGAUAAUCCAUUAUAUUACCCUCAGCGUUAGCAACACACUUGGCAACGGGUAACACAACAAAUUGUUACAUGCGCGUAAAUUAUGCGCGUACGGUUCGCCAUAAAAUUCACGUCAUUACAAUAUAAAAGCAAUAAAGUUUUUUUUUAAAUUAAGACAUUCAGUAUAAUAAACAGGCACUAUUUAUAUAGUAGUGGCUAAAUUGAUUUUAUGGUUGCUCCUUAUCUAAUUUGACAUUCCCAACAAGU